AUGGCUACGGGGGAGCUACCUCCUCUCUACCGUCAUCCCUCGCCACCGAGGGAACCAUCCUCUCCCACGGCGACCAACCCCAUCACGGAGACCAUCCUCUCCUCCGGCACCACAGAGACCAUCCUCUCCUCCGCCCUCAAUCCGAUCAAGAACCACCUAGCCCUUUACCCAGCACCUUCAACACCACCCACGGACAUCCCGGAACGGCAAACUGCCCCUGAAGCACCGCGUGAGCCACCUUAACGACGGCCUUACCCUGAAGAUGAUGUUUAAGGAGGAGUGUUAGAUAUCAACCAUCCUCUAGAGGUUGGGAGUCAGGUGACAUCCCAAUACGGCUAGUACCAUGUGGUCACCUCCUAUUCCUCCGAGGCCUCCCAUACUCCUAGAUAGAUUAAUCAAUCACGUAUCAAUACUUCU